AUGCUCAAAUUCCAAGUGAAAGCAUCUGAUCUGAGGUCCCGAGCUCAUUCCCCCAAGUCCCUGAGGGGGAAAUGUCCUCCGCCUCCACCACCUCAUCGAACCUUGAUCCAUGUGAGGAAUGGGCAGAGUCCAAGUUGUUCUUCUUCCAUGUCAGGUUCAAGUCUCGACCUCUCGCCUUCCAGUUCGGGAGGUUCAAGCUUUAGAAAGUCGACUUCCUUGAGCUCUUUGAGUUCCAUUGAGAGCUCGGAUUCUACAGAAGGAGUAGGUUCUUUUAUAAACCAUCUUAAAUUAGGAAACUAAUCUAACGACGACUUUUCCAGGGAUAUGUUAAGGUUUUUACCGGAAAUAUCAAAGCCGAUACUGAUUACAAAACUGUCAAGAUUACUCACAAUACAAAUGCCAAAACAAUUAUUGGGAUGGUGAUGGCCAAGUUCCGAUUAACUUAUAAGGACAGCAACCUCUUCAGACUCUGCAUGGAAAUCCAAACACCGCAUCAUGGAGAAUACAUCAAGACAUUGCUUGAACUGGGUAAGAAAUAAUCAAGUUGUAAUAGUCUUAAAAAUUAUUGGAAAAUUAAUUAUGUUGUUUUAGAUGGGAAUGCCAAGGUUUUGGAGCUUCAGAAAUGCCAUCCUCAACAUCUCUGCCGGUUUAUUCUGAUCAUGGUGGACGACGCUGUCCUCGUUCGGGUCGAUGAUUCCUCCCUUUGUCCCCAGUCCAAUUACAAAUCCCUUCUUUUGGCCAGAAAUACAACUUCCAGAGAAGUGACCCGUCUUCUUUUACAAUUAUGUCGAAUUCCCGAGGCUAUCGAGAAGGAUUAUCGGCUCUUUCUGAAUCAUAAUGGAAUCGAAGCCCCGAUUCCAGAAGACGCUUUUGUCGCCGAUAUCUACAUGGAUUUACUCAGUAAUCAGAAAUUGGUGAUAAAGAAGAUAUGA